UCGGCGGGCAGCGAUGGUGAAGGAAACCAUCCGGGUGUACGCGCGGGUGAAGCCGCUGGGCAGGCGGCAGCAGGCGGGGAGCUAUUCAGUGGAUGAUGAGGAGGAUUCUCUCUCCAGUCUGGAGAUUACUGUGCCACGUGACUUAGCAGAUGGGUUCGUCAAUAAUAAACGAGAGACCUACAAAUUCAAAUUUCAGAAAAUUUUUGAUCAAGAGGCAAAACAAGAUGUGGUUUUUGACAGCAUUGCCAAACCAGUAGCAGAAUGUGUUUUGGCUGGAUAUAAUGGUACUAUCUUUGCAUAUGGUCAGACAGGCAGUGGCAAAACUUUUACCAUCACAGGAGGAGCAGAACGUUACAGUGAUCGAGGCAUUAUUCCCAGGACUCUGUCUUAUGUUUUUGAUCAAUUGCAAAAGGACAGCAGUAAAAUGUAUACAACUCACGUUUCCUACUUAGAAAUCUACAAUGAAUGUGGUUAUGAUCUGUUGGACCCAAGGCAUGAGGCCUCCAGAUUGGAAGACUUGCCAAAAGUGACAAUAAUGGAAGACUCUGAUCAAAACAUUCAUCUGAAAAACUUGUCUCUUCAGCAAGCAACAAAUGAGGAGGAAGCCUUAAACCUACUCUUCUUGGGAGACACCAACAGAAUGAUUGCUGAGACACCAAUGAAUCAAGCCUCCAGCCGAUCUCACUGCAUUUUCACUAUUCACAUCUCCAGCAAGGAACCCGGAUCUGCAACUAUCCGACGCUCCAAGUUGCACUUAGUAGACCUUGCUGGAUCAGAGCGUGUUGCAAAGACUGGAGUUGGAGGUCACUUGCUGACAGAAGCCAAAUAUAUCAACCUGUCAUUACAUUAUUUGGAACAGGUAAUAAUUGCCCUUGCAGAGAAAAACCGGUCCCACAUUCCUUACCGAAACUCUAUGAUGACCUCAGUGCUAAGAGACAGCCUGGGAGGAAACUGCAUGACUGCCAUGAUAGCAACACUCUCUAUAGACAAAAGAAACAUAGAUGAAUCUAUAUCAACCUGCAGAUUUGCACAGCGAGUUGCUCUCAUUAAGAAUGAAGCAGUUCUUAAUGAAGAAAUUGACCCCAGAUUGAUGAUUGUCCAGCUGAAAAAGGAGAUCCAGGAUUUGAAGGAUGAGUUGGAGCUGGUGACUGGCAAGCAAAGAACGUCAGAGCUUUCACAAGAAGAGCUACUUCAGUUGGAUGAGUUAAUUGAAACAUUUCUCAAAGAUAAUGAUCCUGAUAGCACUCUGGAUGUUGGUGCUGACAUGCGCAAGAUCAAGUAUUGCUUCAUUCGUAUGAAGCAACUUGUGAAUCAUCCCACAAUUUCUGAUAAAAAACUGCUCUCACAAGACAUCUCUGAAGAAGAAGAUGCUAACAAAGAAUCAGGAGAAGAAGAACAGGAAAAACUUAAACACCUUCUGCAGCAAAGAGAUGAUGAAAUCAAUAUUCUGAUAAAUAUGCUAAAAAAAGAAAAAAAGAAAGCACAAGAUGCUGUUUCCCAGCUUAAUGCCACGUCUGCUUGUUCUUCAGUCUUGGAGCAAUCUGUUUCUAUAAACUUGGAAGAUAGGCAGAGCCCAUCUAGCUGUUUUAGUCUGAAAGAGGCAAAAGAUUUCAGCUCUUCUAUUCACAGACUACCUUUUCUUUCCAGGCAAACAGGAGGAAAGAUGUCACUUGGCUGUCAGGAAGCUUUUGAAGUUUUCAAGCGGGACCAUGCUGACAGUAUAACCAUUGAGGACAACAAACAGCUUCUGAAACAGAGGUUUGCUGAAGUUAAAUGCCUUGGCGAAAAACUAAAUGAAGUGAGAAGUAAAAUAAACCGUCUGAAAGGAGAGAUAACCCAGAGGCACAUUCAGAGAGCAGCUCUAGCUGUUUCAAGUCCUUCUGAAGAGUUAAAUAUGUUUGAUCCUGUAGAAGAGAAACUUAGAAUGCAAAUUGAAGAAGAAAAAAAAAGUUAUAAAACAAUGUUCAAUCGCUUCAAAGGGCUGAAGGUAGAGAUUGAACACCUACAGCUUCUUAUGGAAAAAGUGAAGAUGAAAAUGCAAAAAGACUUUGAAGUCUGGUGGUCUGAAGAGGCAAAAAAUUUACAGCAGGAAAGGCCAGAGAUGGUUACAUCACCAAAUACUGUGACUGUCUAUCCCCGGUUUAUCAAAUCCUUGCAGCAUCUAUCAGCUAACAGUUUUUCAGAGACCACAAAAGUCAGCCCUAAUGAAGAUCCAGAUGGGAAAAACAAUUCCAUCACUUUUAGUAAUCCUGCUUUAAAAACAAGGCUUGGAGAACAAAUGAAAUUCUUGUCACAGUCCACCAUUUCCCUUUAGAAAAGUGAAAGACCUUUAUUCUUUCCCUUCCUCUUCUAUUUAGAAACAGGUCCAAGUAAGUACUUUAGAUGUAAAAGUAGAUGUUAAAAGUAUUAUAAAUGAUUUGUCUUUGACAGCAAAAUCCAUUUCUCUGGCAAUAGAUUUUUGAGUAUUUGUAUUCAUUAUCUUCAUCUUCCAUUAGAUUAAGCAAAACUGAAACAACUAAUCAGGAGUUUGCCAAAUAUGUUUAUUAGAAUUCAUUGUAUGUUUUCUAAGUGUUAAAAUUAUCUAAUGUGUUAAUGCUCUUCUACAUCUUUACUCUGGGAAAUAUAUUACUACUGAUAGUUUUGUUUGCAUCAAUUUGCAUAAGGCUUUAUUAAUUACACCUAUUUGCCAUUAAGAGAUAUCUAUUCAAUAAUAGUAGUUAUCUGGGUAAUAAAAUUCUAUAGAAUUUUGUUUGAGAUUUUUUUUCCUCCAAGGAAUAGAAGUUUUCAUAUCAGAUUAUUAGAAUACUGAGAUUGCAUUGUAAUGUAAAAAAAUGGAUUUUAGAAAGUAAUUUUCCCAACUGUUUUCUUUUUAUUUGAAUGCACUGUGUUGUGCAAAAUAUGCACCCUCUCAGAAUCUACAGGUUUCAGAAGAAACAUUUACAGUUAAUAGGCUUAAAGUAGAACUGAGUAAAUACUUCUAAAACACAAAUGACAUGUGCAAGUUUAAAUGCAGUUAUGUCUUAUAUACAAUGUAAGUUCACUAUUGGCUCUGUACAACUUUAUUGUAUAAUAUCUGGGUAUGUUUUACACAUCGGACCAAAAUCAAAAAAUGCAGUGCAAAAUACAGUCUAUUUCUCUGAGAUAUACAUACUACCAGAUUGAAAAUAUCAUUCUUCAUGCUAGUGAUAAAAUUAUAGUCAUGCAUUUGGAAGGAUUUGGGUUGUUUACAUAAAAAUAAAAGAAUAUAUUGACAAAAGUCACAUAUUCUUAAGGAUAUAUAUUUUUGUAAGUUGUUGAUACUUAAGUCUGUGUCAAAUUCCUAAUUAUACAGAGGGAUGUGGUGAAUUGCUAUGUUCAAACCUACAGAAGACAUAUAUUUAUCUAAUUAACAACUAAUAUGCAAUCAAUUAAAAAAAUUAAAGUUAUACCUUUUUUGCCUUUUCAUUUUCUGUAAAGUCAGCACAACUACCACAUGAAUUGGUAAUCUUUAUGAAGGAUUUAGAAUGUACAAGGUGAGAUAAAUUCAGAUCUACUCUUGCUUUGGAAGGAGGGAGUUCCAGGAUUUGUUCAGAGGCGGAAAAAUGUCUGCUUUGUUGGAGAUUAUAUUAAAAUGUGCCUCUUCCCGAAUUUUUAUGUGUCUUUAUUUUUCUUCUUCUCACUCUGUUAUAUAUAAACACUGUAUUAAAUAUACGCUGAAUUAUUGUUUAUGCAGCUUCUGAGGAGAGCAGGGCAAUGAACUCUGUUAGCUGGAGAAGAGCCAGAGGUUCCAAACCAUUGCUGGGUGAAGUAACUGUCUUUUUUGGUUUCCAGUAUAAUUCCCAUUGGGGUGAAUUUAUAUGAAGGUGGCCAAAAGAGAAUCAGUGGUACAACAACUUCUUCCUUUUGACAUUGAAGCAUUUCCAAUAGCUUUAAAUAACUGGUUAAGAGAAGAAUACCAGUGCAACCCUGGUAUGAUCUAUGUGAUGCUGCUACUACUUGAUGAUUCAGUGUUCUGUUCUCAGUCUGCCACACAUCUCACUCACAGGGAGAAAAAAUUCCUUCCUCUUCUAUUUCAAAAUUCCCUAGCCUGUUUUUACACUGUUGUAAAUUUGGUGUGAAAUUCAAUCAUUGUCAACAAAGUAGUCCCUGAUUGGCAAAAUGGUCUGAGAGUAAGAUUAUACCAAACACUUAAGAACUUGGACAAAAGUGCAUCCAGUAAUAGAAAACCAUAUAAAUAUAUAAAGCCAUAUAUACAAAUACAAAACUUUCUUCUUCGAAAAAUUUCAAAAUAUAUGAAAAAAGAUUGCUCAUUCAGUAAACAACAGUUCUCAGACAUAAAGCAUUCUCUUUUUAAAAAAACUGCCUCCACUUUUCAAAA